AUGCUUAUCCUCUCGGCCGCCUCCAGCGCCUUCGCGCUCCACUCCGCUGCGGGUCCUCGGCCGCGGCUGCCCGUGGCGCCUCGCGCCUCGCCGCCGGCCGCCGUCCAGACCCUCGUAGAGCCGAGCCCGUUCACGACUCUGCUGCCGAGCCGCACUCUGACGUGCAGCACACUGCUACGCCGCCUCUUUGUCGAGCCGGAGACGAGCUUUUCUCCCGCCGCGGUGGCGGCAGCCUGCAGCGAAGAUGUCGAGUGGGUGGAUAUGGACCUGACCGAGCCGAUUCGCGGCAGGGAGGCGGUCGAGCGGCACCUGCGAGCAAAGUGGCCUCUCGGCAGCCUGCUCAAGGUGGAGCGGCUCUCUGACGGGGCCUCGUCCGGCGGCUUCACCUGGCACCGCGAGGCGGACGGCGUGUCUGGCUCGGGCCUGCGCGGUGUCACCUACUUCGAGCUGAACGGAGAGGGCGAACUAGCCUACGUGCAGGAGGGGUCGGAGCCGCUCUUCAAGCUGGACACCAUCCUCGAAGCCUUCCUCACGGCCGCAAACGCGAACCGGCAGGACGAGGCCAAGCCGCCCCGCAGCUACGAGCGGCAGACGCCGACCACCGCGAGCGGCAUCGCUCGCUACCUGUGGGAGGCCCUCUCCUUCUUCUCGGACGAGGUCGUUUACGAGGACUUCAACUACCGCGAGCCCUUCGUCGGGCUGCAGGCCGUCUCCGCCUACAUCUCCCUGCUCGACGCCUUCCCCCAGUUCACCUUCCUCCCCGAGCGGAUCUCCGACGGGGACACCGGCGUCUGCAUCACGUGGCGGUGCGAGGUCAACGGAGAGCCGGGCCCCUCCGGCAUCUCGUUCAACCAGGUCGACAAGAGCGGGAAGAUCUGCUUCGCGAGAGACAUCCCCGCGCCGUCCAUCAAGCCGCCGCCCCUCGCCGCCGUCGCAGCCAGGCUCAGCCCUCAGCUCCGCACCUUCCAGCCUCGCGCACCCCUCCCGUCGGUUGCGCCGCCGCCGCCGACGGCCCUCGACACGCUCGCGGCCCGCCCUGCCCGCGCCGCGAUCGCCCUCGCCUGGUUCAGCUUCAGCGCCUACGUCGCCCUCGCCUCGCCGGGAGAGUUUAGCGUCUCGGCCGACUCGUUCGACAACCAGCUCAUCGCCAAGGCGAUCGACGACCCGACCAGCCUCAACCCGAUCUUCUUCGCCGUGUUCAACGCGCUCGGCGGGCAGCGCCCCCUCCCCGCCGCCCCCUUCGUCUCCGCCGCCUUCUUCCUCGGCUUUGGCGCCGCCGGCCCAUACCUCGCGCUGCGGCAGCCUCGCCCGGACCCCGUCGGCAGGUCGGAGCUCGGCUUCUUCGCGCGGUACGUGACUGAGUCGCGCCUCUACGGCGGCGGCCUCCUCGCGGCGGGCGCCGUCCUGCUGUACGGCCUCCUCUCCAUGGCCGACCCCGCCGCCGCCCUCUCCGACUACGCUGAGCUCUUCGGCUCCUCCAAACUUGUGCACGUCUCGUCGAUCGACCUGCUCGUCCUCUCCGCCUUCGCAUUCGAGCCCAUCCGCGAGGACAUGGCGCGCCGCGGCUGGUGGGACGAGGCGGCGGAGGGCACCAACAACCUCGCCCGGCUCCUCGCCUUCAGCCUCGUCCCCGUCCUCGGACCCGCCGCCUACCUCGUCCUCCGGCCGGACCUGCCCGAGGAGCGGGCGUGA